UGAAGCCAAAUCUACAAAAUGUUACUACUAGAAGAUUUGGCUUCAAAUUUUUUUGUUUCAUUGAUUACAAUUUGUAGAUUUGCCUUCAAGUUUUAGAAUAGAUUACAACCCUUUAAUUUUUGCCAAUUAAUUGUUUAACUCAAUUAGUGUUUUUUUCGCCAUUUCCAGUUUCAUUUCUAUGAAAUUAUAUCUACGUAAUGUAUAUACUAGUUAUGGUUUAGCUAUAUAAUUUCUUCUAGUAGUAAAUUCUUACAAAAUAAAGAUCCGCGAUAUAUGACAAUCCGUACUCGAUUAAAUUCACAUUUUUAAACCCAAAUUUCUGUAAAAUGAUGGACCCUAUUAGCAUUUACAGAAAGUUGAGAAUACGUAUAAACAAUAGUUAAAUUCGAUUGGCAGGUUAUUUCUUAACAACAAAAUAACUUAAAACAUUAAUAUCUUAGAAAUAUGCUAUUUUGAUAGUAUUUAGUUUAAACAAAUAAGUAUAUUUAUUUUUUCUAAAUUUUCUAAAUAUGUUAGAGAAAACUCAUAUUAACUGUCAAGUUUCAUUUAACGUUAAACUGCAUUAAUUAAUUUCUUAUGUUCACUUGAAAAUACGUUUAGUUUGGGUUUGAGUGUUUAAUCUAUUAUAAAUAUGAGACAAAACUUCAUUCUAAAAUACCAGAUACAAACAUUUUAAUAUAUUAUAUUAAUAUUAUUUGCCACUUAUUUCGAAAACAUUGGCACAAUGGCUCACACUUCUUCCCGAACUACUAUCGUAUUCAUUGUUGUUGCUUUGAUUUGUGCGUUCGUUCCAGCAUUCUCUGUUGAAGAAGCUGAAGCAAAAUCACUAUGGGAUACAUGUCUUCUUAAAAUCAGUCCAAAAUGUGCGUUGGAUAUAAUUGGUGUUGUCUUUGAAAAUUUAACCAUCACUGAUGCAUGUUGUCAUGAUCUUGUUCAAGAAGGAAAAAUGUGUCACGAUACUCUUAUCAAAUAUAUUGCUGAGAAGCCGCAUUUAGUUGCCCACGAAACAGAGUAUUUGAAGAAAAGUGAUGAUAUGUGGACUCAUUGUGUCUCAAUUUCGCAAACUGCUUAAAAAUAUGUUAUGCUUGUAUUGAUCUGAUUAACAGAAUUUUUAUUUAACUAUUGUUAAAUUUUAUUUGAUCAAAAAUUGUGGAUCAAACAGUAUGCAAUAUAAAGCGACCAUCAAGUGAAUCUCAUUCUAAAUGAAUCAAUACAAAUAUUAACUCAAUUGACAAACAAUGCGCUAACCAUACAAUAUUGCUUAAUUAGUUUGAUUUAACUUAUCUUUAAUUUUAAAACUUAAUUUUCAACUAUGAUGUCAAUUAUUAUUUUUACAUAAACUGAAAAUUAUCUUGGAUAAUUUAAAACAAGAAGCUAAGAAAAUAUCUAAUGUUUCACCUUUGAAACCUUUGAGUUUAGUAGUACAUGCUAAUAUAAUGGCUUGGAAAAAAAAACUAUUUCGAAUACU